UUCUUUUAUCUUCAAUCCCUUUCCGUUUGCCAUCCCAACCCGACCUUCUUUUCUCUGUUUUCCUGCUGCAACUCUCGCUACCACCACCGUGCCCCCCGCCCCUCCCGUCUCCUUUUGUUGUCGCCGCCAUGUCGUUCUUCAUUGGCAUGAUCGUGAAUGCCAUCCUGCUGUCCAUCCCCAUCGGCGCUUCCCUGGGCACCAUGAUCGCAAUCAAGCCCUUUAGGAACGAGAGAGUGAAACCGCCGGUAGAGCAGAACGCGAUAUUCGAGACGACGUACUGUGACAGUUCGCACGAGUUCCAUCAAUUCGCUCAGAAUAAGAACGGAGUAAAUUACACAAUCCACACAUCGCGAAGCCUCAACAUACCCCCUUUUGGACGCACUGCUAACAAGCGCUUCCCAGUAAACUCCAACGAGUUCCUCACAGCGAUAGAAUCCACGCUCUGCCUGACAGUCACCCAAAACCAGAACAACACCUACACCAGCAACGACACGGCCCCCGACUUCUUCAUCACCUGGGAAUACCCCUUCACCCCCGCCAACGUGUCGUCGCCCCCGAACGAGACGAAGCCCCUGGCCCACGCCUUCCCGCAAGCCACGCUCCAGGACACGGCGCUGCCUAUCACGCUCCUCGACCUUGGCGCGCUGGAACUCGUAUUCUCGUGGACCAUGGGCAUCGGCGACGAGGCCGCGCCCUCGACGAGCGUGCGCAGGCUGGAAUCGCAGGCCGUCAACGCCACCGUCGCGCUGGACCUGUUCCUCGACGCGGACCCGGUCAUCGCGGGGCAAGGCGGCAAGGCGGCCUUCGAGAUGCUCAUUCUCUUCGCGAGUUACGGACUCCAAGAUCCCAUCGGCUUCGGCAACGGCAGCAACACGAUCGCGGCCCACACGACGGCGGCCGGGAAUGACUUCGACCUCUACGCGGGCAAAAACGACAACCUGCAAAAUGUUUUCACCUGGGUCGCCAGCGACCCCAACGGCAUCACGGACUUCAAUGGCGACAUUUCGCCCCUCUUCAACGUCGUCCUCAACCUAGCCUCCACCGCAAAAAACUUCGCAGAGCUAGACGUCACCCUGCCCAUUUUCGGCGACUACCUGGGCUACGUUGGGUUCGGGUCACAAACAUACAGUUCGAUAGGGCACGUCACGUUCGCCGUGCCGAAAUUAGGCAUCGAUUUACAGCCGUUUGCGAACCCGAACGCACCAGUUUGAUGAGUUGAAGAAGGUGUAUAAUGCGAAGGAGGGAGUGUAAAGUGAAGAUUGUCUGCAUUUUUUGAUAUGUGUUUUUGUAAAGG